UCCCAUAGUGGGAAGGAUGACGUGGACUCACUUUUGGUUGUGUUUCCUGGCACUGUCAGUUACCAACAUCGCCAAUGUCGAAGCAAGACAGGCUCUCAACCAUGUCAACAGCAUCUGCAGCACCUGGGGCCGGCACCACUUCAAGACGUUUGACGGGGACGUGUACCAGUUCCCCGGCUUGUGUGGAUACAACCUGGUGUCCGACUGCCACGAGAUGUACAGAGAAUUCUCAGUGCACAUCCAGAAGAGCUUGGUAGACGGCCACCCCACGGUCAACGAGCUGGUUGUCACCAUCAACGACCUUGUGUUCCAUUUGACUAAGAGGGCUGUCUCAUUGAACGGUGAUCUUAUCAACUUGCCGUACUUAAAUGCGGGGAUUCAACUCGAACGGAAUGCGGUUUACACCAAGCUCCAGGCCAAGGUCGGCCUGGUUGUAAUGUGGAAUGGUGAUGAUGCUGUGAUGGUGGAGCUGGAUUCUGAUUAUCAUAACCGCACUUGUGGCCUUUGUGGGGAUUUCAAUGGCGUUCCAGUCUACAAUGAAUUCAUUUACCACGAUCGCAAAAUCAACCCCAUUGAGUUUGGCAAUGGACAGAGAGUCCAUCGACCGAACGAUGAGUGUGAGGACCCCUACGAGGAGGAAGAGCAGGAGCUGGACGCCCAGGACCUAGAAUACCCGGAACUAGAAGACCAGGCGGUUGAGGUCCCCUGCAAGGAAUUUCGCCCAAUAUGCAAAAAGGUGAUCCACUCUGAAGCCUGGAGCUCUUGUGCAUCGCUGGUGGACCCGGCCCCAUACACCCAGGCCUGUGUGCAGGACAUGUGUGGAUGUGGCAAUAGCACCAAUGACUUCUGCGUCUGCAGCACACUGGCAGAGUUCUCCCGCCAGUGUUCCCAUGCCGGGGGUCAGCCGCCCAGCUGGAGGACGCCCCAGUUCUGCGCUAAGAUGUGCCCCUUCAACAUGGUGUAUGAAGAGAGUGGCUCUCCAUGCAUGGCUAGCUGCACGGUCUCAGACAUCAGCUCGCUCUGUGAGGACCACAAAAUGGAUGGCUGCUUUUGUCCUGCGGGAACGGUGUGGGACAACAUUUCACAGAGAGGUUGUGUCAGCCAGACUGAAUGCCAGUGUAAACACGAUAAAAUCUACAACUCCGGGGAAGUUUACCGACAGGAUAGUGAAGAAUGUUUAUGCUAUGAGGGAAGAUGGGACUGUAAGAGUCUUCCCAGUCCGGCUACUUGCGCAGUGGAAGAGGGUUCCCAUGUGACUACUUUUGAUGGGAAAGCCUACAUUUUCCAUGGGGAUUGCGACUACAUACUGGCCGAAAGCAAGAAUGAUACCAGCCCCAAGUUCACCAUCAUGGUACAGCUGGUCCCAUGUGUGAGCCAGGAGUUUGACACUUGUCUGAAGAGUGUGAAGGUCCUACUGAACAAUGACAAAAACAACAAGCUAGCGUUCUCUGCAGAUGGAAAAGUGAGGCACAACAUGCAGAUCAUCAGCUUGCCAUACAACACAGGCGACAUCAACAUAUUCCAGGCAUCGUCCUUCCACAUCCUGCUCCAGACCAGGUUUGGGUUACAGAUUCAGGUCCAGCACGUUCCGCUCCUGCAGGUCUAUGUGACCCUUGAACAGAGCUACAAAACAAAGACACGAGGUUUAUGUGGAAACUAUAACAUGGUGCUGUCCGAUGAUAUGAAGACACCUCAAGGGAUUGUGGAAGGCACUGCAUCCUCUUUUGGGAAUUCCUGGAAGUCUAGCCCUACCUGCCCGGAGAGAGAUGAACGUCUGGAAAGCCCCUGUUCCGUCAGUGUGGAGAACGAGCGAUAUGCUGAACAUUGGUGCUCGAUGUUAACACGUCCAGACGGCCCAUUUACAAACUGUCAUGCAAUGGUCGAUCCAGAACUGUACCACAAGAGAUGCAUCUACGCCACAUGUAACUGUGAGAAAACCGAAGACUGCAUGUGUGCCGUUUUCUCCUCCUACGCACGAGCUUGUGCUUCGAAAGGAGUUUUCCUGAGCGAUUGGAGGGUGAACGUCUGUGAUAAAUACACAAGGGGCUGCCCGGAAAGCCAAAGCUUCUCUUACAAGCUGCAGCGCUGCCAGUGGACAUGCAGGCAGCUGAGCUCAGAGCAGCAGAGCUGCACCUCUGACUUCCUGCCUGUGGACGGCUGCUCCUGCCCUGAGGGGACGUAUCAGGAGGAACACGGUGCCUGUGUGCCCAUGAACAAAUGCCCCUGCUAUCACAAUGGAGUCCACAUAAAGCCAGGCAAAUCAAUAAGCAUCAAAGAGCAACACUGUUUGUGCUCCAAUGGCAAGCUUCACUGUCGUACUUGGAAGACAUCAUCACAAGCCUGUCCGACUCCAAAAGUCUACCUUAACUGUUCGAGCACAGACGUCCGAGAUGUGGGCGUGCAGUGUGCUCGGACAUGUAGAAACACAGAGAGUGAUAGUUGUUACUUAACAGAAUGUGAAUCCGGCUGUCAAUGCCCCAGUGGUCUCCUUGAUGAUGGCAAGGGCUCCUGUGUGAAGGAACAUGAAUGUCCAUGCGAACAUGAUCGCACCCUCUACGCUUCUGGCUCUGAAAUCAAAGAUCAGUGCAACACCUGUACAUGUCGAAAGGGGAAAUGGGAGUGUACGGAGAAGAAAUGCCCAGGGACUUGCAUCAUUUAUGGUAGUGGUCAUUACAGAACCUUUGAUCAGAGAACAUAUGGCUUUCAGGGGCAAUGCGCCUACGUGGCCAUCCAGAACACAUGUGGCAACAAAUCGGUAGAGGACAUUUUCCGGGUUAUUACAGAAAAUAUACCAUGUGGAACUACUGGCACCACCUGCUCCAAAUCUGUCAGGAUUCAGCUGGGGAAUAAAGAAAUUAAAUUAGCAAAGGGAAAAUAUGAAAUAUUGGAUCUGGCGAUGGGCUCUGAGAUCAAGUACACAAUCAGACCUGUUGGGAUGUAUCUGGCUGUAGAAGCUUCACUCGGGAUCACAGUUCUAUGGGACCGCAAAACCACCAUCCGGAUCCUUAUGGAACCACAGCACAGUGCGGGGGUUUGCGGUCUUUGUGGAGACUUUAAUGGAGAUGUCCAGAAUGACUUCACUACCCAGAGUCAGAUGGUAGUGAGCAGCCCCCUUGAGUUUGCAAACAGCUGGAAGGCUUUAAGCUCUUGCCUGGAUGCCGAAGCAAGCGCUGAUUCUUGUGUGCUGCAGCCCCAUCGCCACAACUGGGCCCAGAUACAGUGUAGCAUUAUAAAGAGCGUCACCUUCCACGACUGCCACAAAAAGGUGAAUCCUAUUCCGUUUUAUGAAAACUGUGUAAAAGACUCGUGCGCCUGCGACAGUGGAGGAGACUGCGAGUGCUUCUGCACAGCAGUUGCAGCCUACGCCCAGGCUUGUAAUGAAGUCAGUGUGUGCGUUGCCUGGAGAACCCCGGAAAUAUGCCCCGUAUUUUGUGACUACUACAAUGAAGGGGAAUUAUGUGAGUGGCACUACAAGCCUUGCCAUGAACCUUGUUACGAGACCUGCCGGAAUCCACACGGAUGCAACAAUUCAAUACCAAACCUGGAAGGCUGUUACCCUGUGUGCCCAGAAGAUAAGCCCAUAUUUGAUGAAGAUAAAGGAAUAUGUGUCGAGAGCUGUGAUGGAUGCAUUUACAAUGGAACAUAUUACAAUGACAAUGAUGUCAUUUACAAUGUGACGGACAAUUUAGGAAUGUGCUAUUAUGCUAUUUGCAAAAAUGGAAAAGUGAUAGAGACAAAUGAUCCCUGCACGACAUCAACUACUACACCUAAAACAACUACGACAAGUAGUUCCACGACUGAACCAACCACUACUCCAACAACGGCAUCUACAACAACUGCUCCACCAAGUACACCUGUUGUAACACCAACCACUGUUGUCACGACAUCAACUACUACACCUAAAACAACUACGACAAGUAGUUCCACGACUGAACCAACCACUACUCCAACAACGGCAUCUACAACAACUGCUCCACCAAGUACACCUGUUGUAACACCAACCACUGUUGGCACGACAACUACGACUCCCACACAAGAAACAACCUCAGUUACGACAACUCCAUCCACCACAACUGAAGGAACAACCGGAAUCCCCUCAACGACCCCCUGCGAGGAAGAGUGUGAAUGGACAAAAUGGUUUGAUGUGGACAGCAGUACGGACGGCAGUGACUGGGAAACGUACGAGAACAUUACAAACAGUGGAGAGAAGAUAUGUCAAAAACCAAGGAACAUUACAUGCAGAUCGGAAAGUGUUCCUGAUAAAAGCUUUGAAGACUUUGUCAAGGAAACGGGACAAGUUGUCUCUUGUGAUAUCGACUAUGGUUUGAUAUGCAAAAAGAAGGAUCAGGAUAGCCGACCUUACAAGUGCUUUAACUACCAGAUCAAGGUGGAAUGUUGUGUGCCAUGCACAUCACCUACUACACCUCAAUCGACAAGGAGUACCACGACUGAACCAACCACUACUCCAACAACGACAUCUACAGCAACUGCUCCACAAAGUACACCUGUUGUAACACCAACCACUGUUGUCACGACAUCAACUACUACACCUAAAACAACUACGACAAGUAGUUCCACGACUGAACCAACCACUACUCCAACAACGACAUCUACAACAACUGCUCCACCAAGUACACCUGUUGUAACACCAACCACUGUUGUCACGACAUCAACUACUACACCUAAAACAACUACGACAAGUAGUUCCACGACUGAACCAACCACUACUCCAACAACUACAUCUACAACAACUGCUCCACCAAGUAGACCUGUUGUAACACCAACCACUGUUGUCACGACAUCAACUACUACACCUAAAACAACUACGACAAGUAGUUCCACGACUGAACCAACCACUACUCCAACAACGACAUCUACAACAACUGCUCCACCAAGUACACCUGUUGUAACACCAACCACUGUUGUCACAACAUCAACUACUACACCUAAAACAACUACGACAAGUAGUUCCACGACUGAACCAACCACUACUCCAACAACGACAUCUACAACAACUGCUCCACCAAGUACACCUGUUGUAACACCAACCACUGUUGUCACGACAUCAACUACUACACCUAAAACAACUACGACAAGUAGUUCCACGACUGAACCAACCACUACUCCAACAACGACAUCUACAACAACUGCUCCACCAAGUACACCUGUUGUAACACCAACCACUGUUGUCACGACAUCAACUACUACACCUAAAACAACUACGACAAGUAGUUCCACGACUGAACCAACCACUACUCCAACAACGACAUCUACAACAACUGCUCCACCAAGUACACCUGUUGUAACACCAACCACUGUUGUCACGACAUCAACUACUACACCUAAAACAACUACGACAAGUAGUUCCACGACUGAACCAACCACUACUCCAACAACGACAUCUACAACAACUGCUCCACCAAGUACACCUGUUGUAACACCAACCACUGUUGUCACGACAUCAACUACUACACCUAAAACAACUACGACAAGUAGUUCCACGACUGAACCAACCACUACUCCAACAACGACAUCUACAACAACUGCUCCACCAAGUACACCUGUUGUAACACCAACCACUGUUGUCACGACAUCAACUACUACACCUAAAACAACUACGACAAGUAGUUCCACGACUGAACCAACCACUACUCCAACAACGACAUCUACAACAACUGCUCCACCAAGUACACCUGUUGUAACAUCAACCACUGUUGUCACGACAUCAACUACUACACCUAAAACAACUACGACAAGUAGUUCCACGACUGAACCAACCACUACUCCAACAACGACAUCUACAACAACUGCUCCACCAAGUACACCUGUUGUAACACCAACCACUGUUGUCACGACAUCAACUACUACACCUAAAACAACUACGACAAGUAGUUCCACGACUGAACCAACCACUACUCCAACAACGACAUCUACAACAACUGCUCCACCAAGUACACCUGUUGUAACACCAACCACUGUUGUCACGACAUCAACUACUACACCUAAAACAACUACGACAAGUAGUUCCACGACUGAACCAACCACUACUCCAACAACGACAUCUACAACAACUGCUCCACCAAGUACACCUGUUGUAACACCAACCACUGUUGUCACGACAUCAACUACUACACCUAAAACAACUACGACAAGUAGUUCCACGACUGAACCAACCACUACUCCAACAACGACAUCUACAACAACUGCUCCACCAAGUACACCUGUUGUAACACCAACCACUGUUGUCACGACAUCAACUACUACACCUAAAACAACUACGACAAGUAGUUCCACGACUGAACCAACCACUACUCCAACAACGACAUCUACAACAACUGCUCCACCAAGUACACCUGUUGUAACACCAACCACUGUUGUCACGACAUCAACUACUACACCUAAAACAACUACGACAAGUAGUUCCACGACUGAACCAACCACUACUCCAACAACUACAUCUACAACAACUGCUCCACCAAGUACACCUGUUGUAACACCAACCACUGUUGUCACGACAUCAACUACUACACCUAAAACAACUACGACAAGUAGUUCCACGACUGAACCAACUGCAACCGUAGUAACAACUACAGAGACAACAAGUCCACCUGUUUCAACAACUACUCCACCUACUCCAACGGUCAUCUCAACGACUACAUCCACUACAACACCCGCUGUACCACCCAGUUCAACUGUUGCAACAUCAACCCCCGUUAUCACUUCACCUACUACACCUCUAACUACAAGAGGUACCACAACUGAACCCACCACCUCUCCAACUGUCAUCUCAACAACUACAUCUACAACGACAACUGCACCACCAAGUACAACAAUUGUAACACCAACCCCUGUUGUCACGACAUCACCUACUACACCUCAGACAACUAUGACGAGUAGUUCCGCGACUGAACCAACCACCACUCCAACCGUCAUCACAACACACGAGUCAAUUGUUACUGGCAUUGUAACAACUACCACCGGUCCAACUACGGAGCGGGUUGUAAUCCCUACUGCCUCAAGUACUACUGAAACAACAUACACCGUUGUCCUCAGUACCACCACUGUAAACAUCCCAACUACAACUACAGGAUGUGUCUGUAUUGUUGAUGGCAAGCAUUAUAAACCUGGUGAGACAAUAUACGACAGGAAACAUAUUGGAUCAGGGAUUUGUCUCAGCAUGAUAUGUUCGGCUAUUUGCGAACUUCAAAACCAAACAGAACCUUGCAACUCUACACCCUCAUCAACACCUUCCCCUCCAACAAUCCCACCUCCUCCCACCUGCCCCGAGUGGGAUCUAUUGCAAAACGAGACAUUUGUGCUGUGUGAUUGCAUAAUGGCCAAAUGCAUUGAGAACACAACGAUUGAAAUAGUACCAUAUGUAUGCCCCCCACUGGAAGAAAUCCCCUGUGCCAGUGGAAAGAAACCAGUUCUUAUAGACGAUGAAUACGGAUGCUGCAAGUAUUACACAUGCCCAUGUGAAUGUGAAGGCUGGGGAGACCCACAUUACAUUACGUUUGAUGGCGUCUUCUACAGUUAUCAAGGAAACUGCACAUAUGUCUUAAUGGAAGAGAUCACACCAAAGCAUAAUUUGAAGGUUAUUGUAGACAAUGUGUACUGUGAGGCCGGCGAAGACGUUUCUUGUCCUCGCUCAAUUAUCGUGUCGUAUCGCUCACAAGUAAUCACUCUCAAGAGUCAUAACCUUAUGGGAGCAGCCAAGAUGGAGGUUCUCAGUAGCGGAGUGACUGUAAAAGUGCCUUAUUACCAUCAAGGGAUAAAGGUACUUAGCACUGGAUUGUCCUUGAUCUUGGAGAUCCCUACUCUGCAAGUGGUCAUCACAUUUGGAAUUACAGGAUUUAGUAUAAGCCUGCCACCUCGGGAAUUCGUCAACAACACAAAGGGGCAUUGUGGAACAUGCAACAACAACGAGGCUGAUGAUUGUAUGUUGCCUGGAGGCCAGCUGAUACAGAAUUGUGAAGUAAUGGCUGACUUCUAUCUUGUGGAAGACUUGCACAAGCCAUCCUGCCAUGCUCCAUCCGUAAUACCAACCGAUUCGCCCUUACCCCCACUGCCACUAACCACAUGCAAACCAGACUCUGUGUGUGGAGUUCUUCUGGGCAGUCUAUUCGAAGCAUGCCAUGCCAUCGUCUCACCGGACAAAUUCUACCAGGGUUGCGUCUUCGAUAGCUGCCAUGUCGCCAACCCAGUGGUGCAGUGCACCAGCUUGCAGGUGUACGCUGCCGCCUGUGCACAGGCCGGGGUCUGCCUGUACUGGAGGAAUCACACCUCUCUGUGUCCCAGUAACUGCCCAGCAGACAAAGUCUAUAAACCAUGUGGUCCUGCAGAGCAGCAAACCUGUGAAGACAAACCUGGCGAAACUCAAAUGAACUUUACCACUGAGGGGUGCUUUUGUCCUGAUGGCAUGAAGCUCUUCAACAAGGAGUCAAACAUAUGUGUUGAUAAAUGUGGAUGUUUGGAUUCAGAGGGCGUUCCCCGCGAGUUUAAUGAGACAUUUGAUCAAAACUGCCAAACUUGCAUUUGCGAGGAAUCCACCAAGUCUGUGACAUGCAAGCCCAAAGACUGCCCUGCAAUUCCAACGGAAAGCUGCACCAAACCAGGGUUCAUACUGGUGAAUCAAACCCAGCCAGCAGACAGAUGUUGUCUUCACUAUGUUUGCCAAUGUGACAGCAGCACUUGUCCAGUCGGCAACCUGAGCUGCAAUGUUGGAUACAUACCAGAAGUCUCUGUGCCAACGGGACAUUGUUGCCCGACGCGGCAUUGCUUGCCUAAAGCGGUUUGUGUGCACAAAGAAAUGGAAUACCAGGUCGGUUCCCAAAUCCCAGUUGUCAAGUGUCAGAACUGCACUUGUUCCGGGCAGGUGAUAAAAGAUUCAGGUCUGCGAGAGAUAACCUGUGAGAUGCUGGCAUGUGACCAGAACUGUGGUCUGGGAUACAAGUACGUUUCAGACAAGAGCCUUGAGGAGUGUUGUGGGAGGUGCCUGCAGACCCACUGUGUUGUCGACAGAAACAUAACACAGGAGCUGCUUAAGGAAGGAGAAAAGUGGUCCCCACCGGGGAACAUGUGUGAGUCUUAUACUUGUGUGAAGAUUGGAGAGACGCUCACAACAAUCAUGUCCAACACGGUGUGUCCGCACUUCCAGCAGAGCAACUGUUACCCUGAUACGGUUCAGACGGCUGCAAAUGGCUGCUGUAAGAUCUGCGUGCAGAUGGACAAGGGGUGUAAGCGAGGCUCUAUGAGACAGCGGAUCACGCACAACGGGUGCCAGGCCCGGGAGGACGUUGACAUGCCCUAUUGUGAGGGGUCCUGCAACACCUUCGCCAGGUACGAGGAAAAGGCCGCCGGUUUGGAGCACACGUGCGCGUGCUGCCGGGAGUCGCGCUUCAGCAACCGCACGGUGGAGCUGGAGUGUCUGAACGGAGACCUGGUGCCGUACACCUACGUCCACGUGGAGGAGUGCAGCUGCGGAAAGACCGACUGCGACCGGGCGGCCCGGCUGCCAGCUCGCAAGAGACGGGCCAACAUAGGAGUUUAAAUGAUGGAAACGACCCAAAAGACGCCCACCGUUACGCUCAGGCUAUGCUAAAACCUUUUUUGAUGUUUUUAUUUGAAAGCGAAUCACUUUAAUGUUUGUCAAAAAAUGUCUAAUGCAAAUUAAUAAAUUAACAAUGCAACUUC